CUUCGUCAAGGAAACACUUCGCCACAAUCUGCCUUCGCGCCCAAGCUAAAGGUCUAACUCCUACGCCUCCAACCUUCCUACAGAGAUGGUCAGUGAAAAGUCUUCAGUGACGGCGGCAGUGCUCGUGGUCUCCCUGGCGGCCCUCGCCCUUGCCUCCGAGACUCGGCAUUACGCCCCAAAUACAGGCGUCCUUGAGGGCGUGGGUGGCCUCCACGGUGCUGGUGUUGUGGGUGGCGUAGGACACGGCCUCAGUGAUGGAUUAGGACACGCUCUAGGUGCUGGACUGAGCCUCGGACACGACUUGGAUUCCGCUGUCGGAUUGGGAUACGCUAACUGCAAGAACUGGUGCAAGGCCCCCACGGGCAAGUACGAGUGUUGCGACGACCUCAAGCCCGGCCACUGCCCUUCCGUCCGCCCCACAUGCCCCUCCGUCAGGAGCCUCCUUCCUCCCACGCCCUGCACGAACGACGCCUACUGCCCCGGCGCCGACAAGUGCUGCUACGACACCUGCCUCGAGUACCGCACCUGCAAGCCCAUCAGCGCCUUCUACUAA